AUGCGUUACUCUGCCUUGAUCAACGUACUGAUUCUUCAACCUUCCGGUGAAUUGUCGACCCCUACUUUCCUAUUCAUAGAUACUUUCGAAGGAAUCAUCAUUCACCCUGAUGCAGCCAAGCAAUCCGAUACGGACGUUGUCGAUUGUCAAGGUAUGAUUCUCUCCCCUGGUCUCAUUGAUAUACAGAUCAAUGGCGCUUUCAACGUCGACCUGAGUGAUUGGCGGGGAGACGAAGAAGAGUACAAAGGUCGUCUGGAAGAGAUGUGUAAAGCUUUGGCGAAGAUUGGCGUGACGAGUUUUGUUCCAACUCUCAUUACCCAAGAACCUAAGGUCUACCAAGCUGUGAUUCCCAUCAUCAGGGCCGUCGCGGAGGAAAGGAUCGGAAGUCCCAAGCCGGGGAUGGCGACGCCUCUUGGGAUUCAUCUCGAAGGGCCAUUCAUCUCGCCAAAGAAACCUGGCUGUCAUCCCGUCGGCAACCUCGCUGAGUCAAAGCGCGGUAUCGAUGACAUUGAUGAGAUGUACGGUCCUCAAGCACUGACUCAUCGGUCCUUGGCUUCCCUCGAAGCCGAAGGCCGCAAAGAUCCCGUGACAAUGGUGACGAUUGCUCCUGAGAUCCCAGGCGCAUUCGAGGCUAUCAAAGGGAUGAAGGAAAGAGGUGUGAUAGUCAGUCUCGGACACACCGACGCCACGCACGAUCAAGCACUCGGCGGUAUCGCACAUGGCGCAACACUCAUCACGCACCUGUUCAACGCCAUGCCACCCUUCCGCGUCAUUGGACUCCUCGGAUUACCUGACGAGUCUGUUCCCGCCACACCGACACUACAAGACAACUUGGCCCAUUCUGUCCUCCCUUCUCCCAGUAUCACACCCGUCAAAUCGCCAUUAUGGUCCCGUGCAGGUUCGCGUAUUCCCAGUACAGUCCAGGAAGAGGAUGAUAUCGAUAUCGAGCUCAGUGGAGAAGCUCUUCGCACCAUUGCACUUGCUGAUAAUCCCGCUGCGCUCUUUGCUCAAAUAGCCAAUCUACACGGUCAAGAUACUGAAAAAAUGUCAACGUUCAGAACCGUAUUGCCUAUGUCGGAGAAACGCUCGGGUACGACCGAUGUUGCAAAGAUACCAGACGAUAGAGAGUCUGAGGAGGGAGACAACAACGACACAUUGUGGCGGAGUCAAAUCGUAAAAAGACCGUUCUUCUCAAUCAUUGCAGAUGGAGUCCAUGUUCAUCCACAAGCAUUGUCCAUGGCUUACAAUGCGCAUCCUGAGGGCUGUAUCCUGGUCUCAGACGCUAUGUCCCUCAUGGAUCCGAGCCUCCUUGAUGGAGUCUACCAUUGGCGAGAAGGCAGCAAGAUUGAGAAGAAGGGAGGUGCAAUCAUGCUCGCAGGUACCGAUACAUUAGCAAGAAGCAUUCUGCCCUUGGCACAGGGUGUUCGAAACCUGGCCAGAUUCACCAGCAUCCCCUUUCACCAAGCUCUCCUCUGUGCAACGUUGAACCCUAUGAAAGUGCUUGGGGGCUGGGUUGCCCAGUCUAAAGGCAUGAUUCUAGAAGGAUAUGAUGCUGAUCUCUGCUUGUGGGACCAUGACGGCAAAUUGAGACGGGCUUGGGUGGCGGGCAAGGAGGUCGAGGGGGUGGCGGAGGACUGA